GACUCCGCUGCGUCUGGCCGCCGAGUAUGGGCAUGUGGAAAUCGCGCGCCUCCUGGUGGAGGCAAGGGCAGACAAAGACAAAGUCUGCGGAAGGGACCAGCGAUCUGCGCUGGGCAUGGCAUCAGAGCGAAACCAUGUCGAGGUCGUGCGAUUUCUCUUGGAGGCGGGUGCCUCCAAGGACCCACUGGGCGAUUCGUACAAGCCCCUCACAAAAGCUUCUGA